CGCGGUGGCGGCGGGCGCGCGGCGCGGGCUGUUGUGCUCUGGGCUCUCGUGUUUUCCCUGCUCGGCGAGUGAAGGAGCCGAAGCGGUGCUGGGUGCGCUGCCCCUUCCUCUCCCUCCGGCCGCCUCCCCCGGCCCUCUCGCGCUGCGCGGUCUCUCCGACGCAAGACUGUCCCGGCCCGGCCCCCUCGGAAAACCGUACUAAAGAGUUAUGUUCAAGACCAGCGAGUAGAUAUGGCUCGUGGACAGCAGAAGAUUCAGUCUCAGCAGAAAAAUGCCAAAAAGCAAGCUGGACAAAAGAAGAAACAAGGACAUGACCAAAAGGCUGCUGCCAAAGCUGCCUUAAUAUAUACUUGCACUGUCUGUAGGACACAAAUGCCAGACCCUAAGACCUUUAAGCAGCACUUUGAGAGCAAGCAUCCUAAGACUCCACUUCCUCCAGAAUUGGCUGAUGUUCAGGCAUAAAGCUGUUUACAGGUGAAUUCGUGACAGCUUUGACUCUUCUCAGCCCUUAGGUAACAAACCUGCAGCUGCUUUUCUAACAAACUGUUGAUCAGCAAAAAUAAAGGGGCUACAGAAACACUCAUUUUUAUGCUGUUCCCUUUUGGGCUUCAUGCAAAGACAAUUCUGUGUAAAUGUACAGUUGACUCUGAUUUGGAAAUCUGAAAAUCAGUCCAUCCUUGUUAUAAAAAAUUUUUUUACAAUUGUAAUUAUAUUGAUGUUCAUAUUGUGUAAAAUAACUCAUUUAAUAAAGUAGUACUUUGAUUUUACAACAUCACA